ACUAUUAAUAUGCAACCUAAUGAACCGGCAGAGGCAGCCGUCAAUGGUCAGACUAGGACUGUUCAACCUCCUUCUACCACCUCCUCUGCUCUCAAAAAGCCCCGUCCUAAGAAAGCCCCAGAGCUGCCCCCGCUGGAGCGAAGAAACUGGUUAAUUCAUCUUCAUUAUAUACGAAAAGAAUAUCAGUUGUGCAAGGAAAUUAUAAAAGUUCAGCUACGUGAGACACAUUCUAUGUGUGAAUAUGCAAAUUAUGUUCAAGGUUUAAUCUUGCGGCAGGAGGGGAAAAUUCAAGAGUCCUUAGAACAGUUCCAGGUUUGCAAUAUCUUGAAUCCAAACUCCGGAGAGAAUAUUAAACAGAUGGCCAGGUCCUUGUUUCUCCUUGGCCGGCAUAGACUAGCAAUAGAAGCUUACAGGCAAGCUGAGACACGCAGUGAGACUCAAGAUUGGGAAAUCCUUCAUAAUCUAGGAGUUUGCUUCACAUAUCUCAAGGAGUGGGAACAGGCUAAAGAUCUUCUAAGGCAAGCGCUAGAUCUGAAGAAGAAGGAGGACACGUAUAUAGUUAUUGGUAAAGUAUUCCUGUACAACGCUGAUAUACCUGGAGCUGUGGCUGUGUACAAAGAAGCAGUACAAACUUUCCCUGAGAAUCCAGACUUGAAUACAACACUUGGUCUUCUAUAUAUACAGAUUCCGGGGAAAUGUCCCUUCUUUACCCCACUCCCCCAAGCAGCCUUUGAGCACCUAGGAACUGCCUUGGCUUUUGAUCCUAAGCAUAGUAAAGCUAUCCUAGCUGCAGGAUCUAUGAUGCAAUCCCAUCAGGAAUCAGUUACAGGAUAUGAUUCUCGAGAAAUUCCUAGGAAAUUCUUAAAAGAAAGUCACCAUGGAAUGUGUUUUUUCGGUAAAAGAAAAUAUGUUGCUUCAAUAUCCUGCCUGAAGAGAGCAAAUUAUUUGGCACCAUUCGACUGGAAGAUUCUUUACAAUCUAGGACUUGUACAUCUGAGUAUGCAACAGUAUGCUUCAGCGUUUCAUUUUCUCUCAGCCUCCAUAAACCUGAGGCCAAGCCGAGGACAGACCUUUAUGUUGAUGGCUGUAGCAUUAUCUAACCUUGAGGAUCCAGACAAUGCGCAGGCAGCAUACGAACAGGCCGUAAACCUGGAUACUAGGGAUCCUGCUGUUCCUCUAAACUUCUCCAUCUUUCUUUCAAACCAGAGGGAUGUAGUUUCAGCAGCCAGACAGCUCAAGGAGUUUGAGGCUAGAGUUGCAAAACUUAGAGAAACUCCAGGUUUGUUUAUUUACUAUCCGGUGUGUCCAUCUAUUUAUCUUCAGAACCAAUAA